AUGGAAACAACUCGUCGUCCACGCCUCCAUUCCCUUGCCCACCGCGGCACCAUUGCUGGUGUCACCAUUUCUACACAGCAAGGAUCCGACUUGUGCCACUACUUCGGAGGCGUCCGCUACGGCCUCCCGCCCAUCCAGCGCUGGCGCCGAGCCCGUCGCCUGCCUGCCUCCUAUACCUAUGGCACCACAGAUGCACCGGGUACAUGUGACACUGGCGCUGGGCUGUGCCCCCAGCCUGGAUUUAUGAGCCUGUCACCACCCAACGAGGAUGCCUGGACUGAGGAUUGUUUCCAGUGUAAUGUGUGGCUGCCUAUUGGAAAGCCCCCGAAGGGUGGAUGGCCAGUUUUCAUGUUUAUUCAUGGUGGCUGGCUCCAGUUCGGCUCACCGAACAGUUUCAAUGCGGCGGCGUUGCUGGGCGAAACGGACUUGAAUUGCGUGGUCGUCAUGCCUGCAUAUCGGGUCAAUGUGUUCGGAUUCUUGUACUCGGCUGAGCUGGAACAAGACGCCCGCGAGGUCGGUGAGACUGUGGGCAACCACGGGUUCUGGGACCAGCGGCUGGCAAUGGAGUGGACGAAGGAGAACAUCCAUCUCUUUGGAGGCAAUCCAGAGAAUAUCACGAUCUCCGGCUACUCUGCAGGCGCCAACUCUGUCUUCCACCAACUCGCCUACGACCUCCGCCAACCCGACGAUCAAGCCAUUAUCCGCCAGGCCUGCAUCUUCUCGAACUCCCCCGCCGUGCAGCCUAAACAACCUGCCGAGACCCAAAUCCAAUUCAACCAACUUCUCUCCGCACUCUCCAUCCCCGCAGACCUCCCCGGCCCUGCCAAACUCGCCCGCCUGCGCGCCCUGCCCCCGAAAACCCUCAUCGACGCCCUCCCCACCAUCCCCAUACACCAAUUCCGCCCAACCACCGACACCGGCUUCAUCUCCCCGGCGCUCUUUGCCUCCUUGGACAGUGGCGCCUUCGCUGCUGCCCUGCUCCGCCGCAACGUCCGCCUCCUCGUGGGCGAAUGCGCCGACGAGCACCACCUCUAUAGCGUAUGGUACCCGCCCACCGCCGACACGCUGCCCGCCCUGCGCGCCCGGCUCGUCGCGGACUACCCCGCCCACAUCGUCGAUGCCGUCCUGCCACUGCACUACCCGGGCGGGCGGCUGCCAGCCGGCUGUGCAGACUGGGUGAGUGACGCCUGGGGCCGGGUGUACGCGGACAUGCAGGUGUACCAUAUGCAGCGGGGGCUCGUGUAUGCGCUGACGGAGAACGCUGGGGGCGUGGACGCGUCGCGGUUGGUGCACCGGUACCGGAUUGAGUUCCGGGCGAAGUGCAUCGACAAGAGUAUCCCGGUGGAGUGGGGGGUCACGCAUUCGUCGGAUUAUCCGCUGUGGUUCUGGGGCAAUGGGGAUGUGUUGAGUGGAUGGGAGAAAGGAGUGGUGCGGGAGGCCUUUAUCGGGCCAUUGGGACGGUUUGUGGAGGGUGGGAAGGGAGACUUUGGAUGGGGGACGACGGGACGAGGCGUGAGGGUGUUGAAGGCAGAUGGGACGGUGCAGGUGAAGGAGGAAGAUGCGUUGUGGGACGAGGGAGUGAAGGCAUGGAAGACGGUGCGGGCGGCCGAUCGGGCGAGGGAGGAGAAGUCGCGGUUGUGA